AUGCUUCCUCUGAUGGCAAAUGGUUCAUGGAUGUCACUUGGUAGCAUUCAUAAUGGAAAAACCAAUCAUAGAAAUGGUCUCACUGCGUUGGACUUAAAGGGGACGAAUUGUGUUGGUCUUCUUUCUGAAGUGUUUGCGGCAGUUAGAGCAGAGGCAAGAAUAACGGCAGUGUGGCUUCUGAAGAUUAAAUUGGGACAGAGUGCAACAAAACCUGUUAACUCGCUUUCAGGGACCGAGACCUCUUCCAAUUCAGGCAUAAGCAUAUGUGCUUUGGUUGACAUAAUCUUAGGCUCAAUUGCAUGUGUAAUUUCAUUGUCUGCAAUUUUUAUUCUUUUACUAUUAAUAAUAAGAUUAAGACGUCAUGAUGCAAUUUCCAAACCCCACCAUUCAUCUAAGAUCGCAAUACAAAUUGAUGGCACAAGAGCUUUUACUUAUGAGGAGUUGUCUGCUGCUACCAGCAAUUUUGACAACAAUGCUCAAAUUGGACAAAGAGGUUAUAAGAAGGUUUAUAAAGGUAUUCCUUCUAAUGGCAUUAUGGUGGCCAUAAAACAUGCACAUCAAGGAUCACUGCGAGGUGAGAAGGAAUUUCUCACAGAAAUUAGAACACUAUCAACGAUACAUCAUCGCAAACUUGUGUCUUUGAUUGGAUACCGUGAUAAAGAAGGUGAACAGUUACAUCAGAAAAACCUUUGA